GUAGCCGGGUUGAAGAAGCAAUUUCACAAAGCAAGUCAGCUAUUGAGUGAGAAGAUAAUUGGGGCUGAGGGAACAAAGCUGGAUGAAGAAUUUCAAAAAAUGGAAAGGAGAAUUGAUGUGACCCACAAAAUGGUUCUUGAACUUGUGCCCAAAACCACAGAGUACCUCCAGCCAAACCCAGCAUAUAGACCCAAACUGGGCAUGCUCAACACAGUGUCCAGGAUCCGUGGGCAGGUGAAGGCUGUGGGGUACCCCCAGACUGAGGGAAUGCUGGGAGACUGCAUGUUGCACUACGGCAGAGAACUGGGAGUCGGCUCUGCCUUUGGAUGUGCACUGGCGGACAUUGGGGAAGCCUUGAAACAGAUGGCCAUAGCCAGAGAUUCCCUGGACAUCAGUGUGAAGAACAACUUCAUCGACCCACUGCAGGCACUCCAGGACAAAGAGUUGAGGGAAAUAGGGUACCACCUAAGAAAACUUGAAGGUCGUCGGCUAGACUUUGACUACAAAAAGGAGAUAACCCAUGAUUGUGAGGUUUUCCUAGACCAGCCUUGCUGCCGGGCGCUCUACCGCUUUGUGGCUGAGAAUGAAGGAGAGCUGGGCUUCAAGGAGGGCGACCUCAUCAUCCUCACCAACCAGAUUGAUGACAACUGGUAUGAGGGCAUGAUCAGCGGGGAGUCUGGCUUUUUUCCCAUCAGCUACGUCAAUGUCCUUGUGCCUUUGCCACAGUCAUACCAGGGUAGCACCACAAGCUAUGGGGGCCGGCUAUGA